AGUAUCAAAAAGAUUAGGAGUGUAAUCAUCAAAAUUGUUUAACAGUACUCUAUUUAAACCCCUAAAUAUCUACAUAUAUACCCACUUAUCUUAGACAUUCUAUUACUAAUCUACAAAUUAAUAAAAUAGGAGUUAACUCUGUGAUGUCAAACAGCUUUUUACCUAUUGGGUAUUUAGAUGUACUAUACUGUUGUAAUAAAUACGCAGACAGAUAAUUCGAUACCUAUAGAACACAGCUGAAUUAAUUCGUGUAUACCAAUCCAGUAUCUUAAAGUUAAGUCCGUUUGAAUGAGGGGAGCAUAAAAGACAAAAUAUAGAACACAAAGAAAGUUAAGAAAAUAAAAUACAAGUAUGUUUCUCACGAGCUUUUUCCAGGGCCGAGGUAAAUAUUUCAAACAAUCCCGCAGCCGCGGCAGGCUAUAUAUCUAUAUAAACAAUAGUUAUAUCAUAGAUACCAAAACAAUAACUUAAACAAGCGAUAUUGUAGAUCGUUCUAUUUAUUUGAGCCUACGAUUAAAUAUCGGAAACUAAAUUAUGAUCAUUUGCCUCCAGCCAACCAUGAUGAAUUUACAAAUUGUAAUUUAUAUGUUCAUGUUCAGCUAGAAAGGUGUUUGCAAAGGGAAUCUAUUUUAUUUAAAACUAAAUAUAGAUCGUUAUGUUAAAGUAUUUUGUGCUUGUUUCACUGUUUUUCAUUCUUUCGAAAUCUUUGAAGACACUGUUGGAAUAUGGUGAAUUCGACGUGAAAAUGACAAACAUCGAAAUUUGCAAUGGACCUAAACGUAGAACUUGCGCUGACUUCUCCUUUGAAAUUGUCAAUGACGUUAUUCUUAAAAGUGAGAUGAAUGUGAAGGAGGAUAUGAAAACUGUUAAGGGUAAAAUCGUCGGCACAUUAAACGGCAAAGAAUUACUUAGGGUGCAGGUCAAAAAUUUGUGUGACCACAUUUUCUUAAAACCAGUCAUUCAGUCUAUCCUUAACAAUUCCGACCACUGUUCUGUAUCCAAGGGUCACUACCAAUUCAGCGUAGAUAUGCAAACGAUUGCUCGAAGAUUCUAUGGAGGCAAGUUUAUUUACGGCGAUUGGGCGUUCAAGUGGAUUUUUCAUGCUGAAUAUUGUAACUUUCAGUGUGCCACAUUGUAUCUGACGAUGAGCCCAAAAUCUGAUUAAU